AUGAGUUCCCUUUCAGCUCCUAGAAUCCGUCGCACGGCGCAAAAUACACAAUUCACAUACAACCUCUCGCGACGCGUCAACGAUGUCCAAACUUACCCAGUUUACUCUCCCCAAGGAGCUAGCAUCCUCAUAUACGGCCACGAGAACGGUGUGACGGUCGCAUGGCGAGGAGGCAGGCGAUUCAAGACUACCAAGAAGGCGUCUCAAAACCAAAAACAGAACGGAACUGCCGAGGACUCGGUCAUGAUCAUUGAUUCGGAUGACGACGAACCACAAGCAAAGUCGAAGACCGCAUCCCACUAUGAGGACAAACCCCAGUUUGAAGACGAUGUGGAGGAUAGCCCUUACCCGGAAAUUGUACAAACUCUGGAUCUUGCGCUUCGGACUGCAGUUCUGAAGGUUGCGGUCAUGCCCAUGACCCCAACACCGGCUGAGGAGGCCGCAUGGGGAGGGGCCAAGGUCUUGACCGAGAAGAUGGUAUUCACUGUGUCGUGCGUCACCAACGACGUGUAUGUCAUUACGCUUCCUCUCACCCCUCCCUCGCCAGAAAGCAAGGCCAGGCCAGAGCUCAGAAACGAUCUCCUGGCAGGCAAGGCUGGAUCUGGAGCUUGGGGUGAAUCUCUCAUCCUGCUUAGCGGUCAGAACAGGCAUAGCGAGGGCAUUGCCAUUAACCUCGUCAUGCCUACUGCUACUGAGCGACCGGGCACAAAACCCAGGGCAGUUGUUGCAUCGCACUCCCGAGAGGCGUCUGGUGUACUACGAUUCUGGGAAGUGUCUUUGGAUGCCAGUGAUAGACCCUCCAAGGCCGUCGAACCUUUUCAGACCGAGUAUUUGCCCAACCCCCUCACAAGUAUAUCUUUCAACUCAACACACACCACACAGUUGCUUGCCGUCUCAGCACUACAGGGAGUUCGAAUCUACGAUUUUGCUCGACCUUCUUUCACCGAUACAGAUGCUACCGGACCAUUCCCUGUUCAAGGAUCUUGGUCGCUCUCUAUGUACCAACCCUUUGCUCGACCUUCAUCUACAAGGAAACCCAUUAUUGGCGCAGCUUGGAUAGCACAUGGCCGCGCUAUACUAGUUCUCCUUGCUGAUGGUAUGUGGGGUAUCUGGGACGUUGAUGGUGUCAGUCCUGCUGGCCCAGGUGCUGUGCUCUCAAGCAAGCUACAGCCUGGAGUCAAGGGAGCUGCAUUGACGACAUUCAGCGCCUCUGGCUACGUGGAGGGAACGAGCUCUCUCCGAACAGUUACGACACAGAACAAGGAACACAGCACUGGGGAGUUUGCACCUAUGACUCCUCAUACUCGACGACAAGCUACUGCAUCCCUGAGCUCUGCCAUAGGGCUUGACCGCCUGGCUACUGUCCGAGGCGGUAUAAAGGUGUUGUCUUUGCCAUCGAGUGGAAGCGCAAUCCAAGACGAGACAGUCGUUCUAUGGGUCGGUGGUCUAGAGCACGUAUGCGUCAUUCCCGGAAUAUCGCGAUUCUGGGAUUCUGAACUUCGAAAGACUGGUGGGACGAGUGGUGACAUCUUUAGCGGAGCACAGCCUGUUAAAAUGAUUAAGCUUUUAGAUUUAACGACUGGCUUGCUAGGCGAAAGAUGCUGUGGCGUGGGCUUGUUGAUAGACCCAGACCAUGCCAGUGCCAUCCAAGAUGGCGAACUACCUGCCGAUGUCAUUGUGCUUGGCGAGUCCAGGAUAGUUGUUGUUCGGGAGAGAGAGGACGGGCAUGGCAAGAUUGUUGGUACUGUGGCCAAUGCCCGGAGACGGAAUCUAUUUUCGAAGGGAGAGAAGUCAGAUGCUAUCAUUGUGCAUGGCAAGGAAACAAGACCAGCGAAAUCACUGUUCAACCUGAGCACUGCGAAGCCGGGAACACUACGACUCGGGAGACAUGACGCCAUGGACGACUCGGACAAUUUUCUACCAUCACGACCGACUGUUGGAUUCGACUUUAUGGACACGCUCAAUGCGGCAGCAGACCUCACAGCCGAUUUCGAGGGGCGAAAUGUGGAAGUUGAGAUGUUGGACAUCAUGGAGAUCGACAAGACGCUUGCGAGCAUGGAUAAUGGCCGAACAAGGUCAUGA